AGUUGAGGGUGGGAGGGGAGAGGGUCUCCAGCCUGGUCCUUUGUCAUGGAAAGACUUUAGUGUGCUGUUUUAGAGUGAGAGAGGGGGAUUGAGUGGACUUCAGCUUCAUCACUAAAAGAUCCUAUAAGUAUGUAACGGGGACAGAAAGCAAAGGACAAAGCUAAAUCAAUGUGAUGAAGAGCAUGCUUCCCCAAAGGAGUGCUGUCGCCACACUGGGCUACAGCUCAGACUGUGUGAAGAUUGAGCACAGUAGUGGCGGCUCAGUGGCUGGCACGAUGCUGAGGGGCUCCCGCUCGAAAGCCGAGCUACAGGAACUCAUGGAGACGCUGCAGCGCAGGAAGAGCGCUCUGGAGGCUAGUCUGAGGGCAGCAGAGUGCAGCCGCAAGUACUUGAGUACAUCUGUAGGAACCCAGCCCACCAGGCCGCUGUCCAUCCUCGGUAACACAGAGCGUCCCCCUUCUGCCGCUAGAAACAUCUCUUACAUGACCAGCAACAGCGUGCCGCCGUCACCUCGCCAAGGUGAUCGCCAGCUAAGCUCUAAUGGCUUGCUCCGUCACUCCCAGGCUCGCCACCAAUCCCAAGACAGCUUGCUUCUCUCAAAUGGAAGCUCUAUGGUCUCCCCUUAUGGGGAGUCCAUACCACGUUCUCCCAGGGUCAAAAGCGGAGCAGCCAGUAUGCCAUCCAGCCCCAGAAUGACCCGCAGGCUCUACUCACAGGGCAAAGCUUCAGGAGACUCCCGUCAGAGGAAGUACUCCACGGGCUCCCUCAACAGCCUGGGUAUGCACAGCCGUUCUCUGCCACGGCUUCACAAUGCAGCAGAUCCACCUGCGCUGUCACUGCCGUUACGCCACUCAGUAGGUUCCCACCGAGUGGUCUCUGCAGGAAACCGGCGCAGUCUCUCCUCUCUGGAGCAGCCUCCAGAUGUGACAGUACCAGCCAGCAUGCCCAGCACACCCAGGAGGGCUAGCCUGGCCUCUCUGAGCUCUAUGGGAGUAGAGAUUGAUGGGACGGGGUUAGAUCUGGGCAUCGGAGAGAGGAGGUUGUCCUUUGGGAAGAGUGGUUUGAGUCCGGGACAACGGGUGGGCAGCAUCACCUCUCUGAAUGGCAAAGAGGAGCUCAAAGACUACCACCAGCAUCAGAGAGAUGAGCGACUCAGGGAGCAGAAAGUGCAGAGAUUAGAAUGCCAGCGUCUAGAGACCAUCUUAAACCUGUGCACUGAGUUGGGACAGGUAGCGAGAGAGCCAGCGGGAUCAGCUGUUUCUGACCUGCAGAAGAUCAAUAAGGAGCUGGAGAAGCUGCAGGUGUCGGACGAUGACUCAGUGUUCUCCGACUCUCCGAGCAGCACAGCUCAAGAGAGCUGCUUUGGAGCCAAAGCCAGAGAGUUCCAACUCUCUGAGGAGCAGCAGGCCAGCCAGCGUCAGCAGAGCGGCUAUAGAGAGGCCAGAUCCCACUCACCUGCUAUCAGUCUCAACAGCAGUGCACCCUCGCCUUCUAUGCAUCACAGAGCCAAAGCUUUGGAGAGCGUGCAGCUGAAACAGGAAGUAACGCACAUAGAGGAAGAAAGAAUCCAAGUUUUGAAUAACAUAGAAGAGCUCGAGCAGAAGAUCAAAGACCUGGACAACCAGAUGGAGGAGUCUCUUCGAGAGAUGGAGGUGGAGUGUGCUCUGCUGGAAGGAGAACAAGAGUCGGAGAUGGCCCAGCUGCAGAGGGAUAAGGAGCUUCUGGAGCAGCUCAAGGGAAAAAUUCACAAUGUUGAGAAAAUGAACCACACUGAGAAGUCACAGGAGACUGAGGAGCAGACAAAAAGUUUGGAGGACUUGGAGUUUCAGAAGCUGGAGAGAGAAAUUAAGCAGGACGAGGAAAAAGAGAAUCAGGGCCAAGAGCUGCUGCGAGAGAUCGCAGACUGUCAGCGCCUUACUGUCACCCGCAAGGAAAGACUCAUGACGCUCAAGAAACAGUCAUCUCAGAUUACUUUACAGGCUCAGCAGGAACGGGAGAAUUUCCAGAGAGAGAAGAACAAUUUGCUCAUCAUGCUUCAGAAGGAGAGAGAGAAAUUGGUGUCUUUGGAAGGAAAGUAUGCAGAGCUGUCUGAGGGGCAGACCUUCGCUAACAAUCCUGUGGCCUUCAAAGAGCACUUGCACACUCUGAAGGAAAGACGAAGAAGCAGCAAGGAAAAUUCAUCACAUCCAAAUGACAGUCAACCUCAUAAAAGGAGCCAGCAGCUGCUCACCACUUAUGGCAGAUCCCUCGGACGCACGCUUCCUCCAAAGCCUCACCUUCCUUUGUCCCAAAGCUCAAGCUGUGGCAGUGUCAUCCCACAAGGCUUCUGCUUCUCCCCUCGGGAGGUGAACCUUCGCCGCUUGCCCAAGACAGGCAACAGCCACGCACAUGUAAAUGAAGACAGGCAAAGACAGAGUGAUUUUUGCAACAGGUUGGUCUCUGAGUCCAACAUCUUCCUGGACUCUUUCUCUUACCCGGACAACAGCCAGACGUCAGACACCAUCAGCGUGGACAGCUCUGACAGCCUGGAAACCAGCUUCUCUGCCUGCUCCCCAGACAACAUCUCAAGUGCCAGUACCUCCAAUAUGGCAAAGAUUGAAGAGAUGGAGCGUUUGCUCCGCGAGGCCCAGGCCGAGAAGCUGAGACUCCUCGAGCAUCGAGAGCGGGAGAUGGAGAUACGCAGGCAGGCUCUGGAGGAGGAGAGGAGAAGAAGAGAGGAACUGGAGAAACGGCUGCAGGAGGAAACAAGCAGGAGACAGAAGCUUGUGGAGAGAGAGGUGAAGCUCAGAGAGAAGCAGAGAUCACAGUCCCGACUGUUGACAAGAUACCACCCAGUAAGAAAAGACGACUUUGAUCUUCACGGCCACAUUGAAGCAGCCGGACACAACCCAGACGCCUGCUUCCAUCUGGCCAUCACUGACAAAACCUGUCGCGGGUUCCUCGUCAAAAUGGGAGGAAAGAUCAAGACGUGGAAGAAGCGCUGGUUUGUCUUUGACCACAAUCGCAGGACACUCACUUACUAUGCAGACAAACACGAGACCAAGAUGAAAGGCGUCAUUUACUUCCAAGCCAUAGAGGAGGUGUACUAUGACCAUUUAAAGAAUGCACACAAAAGCCCCAACCCCUCGCUGACCUUCAGUGUGAAGACCCACGAUCGGGUGUACUACAUGGUGGCUCCGUCCCCUGAAGCCAUGCGUAUCUGGAUGGAUGUUAUUGUAACCGGUGCUGAAGGACACAUGCACUUCAUGGUCUAACAGAGCUACAAUUAUUGUUUGCUAGGUUACCUAAAAAAAUAUAAGCUUCAGUUUACACUUGAAGUUGUCUACAAAUGAGCUUGAGCAUAACUUCUGCUCAAAUACAGACUUUGUAAUGUAAUCUUGUAUAAGUAGAUCAAAAGAAGUGGCAUGAUAGUUUCAUAAUCAGGCUGUUUGUUCUUUCAGCACUUAAAACUGUAGCUGUUGCAUUUUCCAGUUUUUCUUUCCGCAGUACGCUCUUCCUGUUUAAUCAGCUACCCUUCUAAACUGCGAUACACCCUAAUGCUGCUUCACUACAGAUGUAUGGCUGUCCAACAGCUUCCUGUAAACUGUGGCCACCUCUUGCUUUCUUCCACCUGCAGUCUGGUUGCACUCCGCCUUUAGUCAGACUGAAAUUUUUUUCCUCUGAAUGUCGACUCUGAUGUAUUACUUCGAUAUCGUCACUAAUAUUCAAUUAUUAGCAUACUGCAUUUUAAAGUCAGUCACUUUGAAUGCUGCUGCCAGCGUAAGCUCACUUAUGCUUACGUGUGGGUCACUUCCAUUUAAACGAACAAACCAUUUUCCUUCACACAUGCAAAUUAAAUUUGUGAAGGAUUAUCGUACGCACUUUGUGACUUUAUUGUUUUAAGUUAUUAGCAAUUUUAGGCAAAUAUUUGACUCCUAGAGGCAGAAAAUGACCACAGUGCAGUUAGAUUCCUCUGUCUGUAGCUGUGGCUGCAGGCCUGACGUGCAUGAAGCCAUGUCGUGCAGCGGUGAUGCGGUAUGUGCUGCAUCACCCACGUUCCUCACACCUUUCAUAUCUGCAUUUUCACCAGCAGAGGUCCUCAGCGAGCCCUCAGACUGGAAUGACGUAAUCUGCUCUGGCCAAUGUCACUUAGUAUAUAUGAGUAAUUAUUGAAAGCUUUAAUAAUCUACAUGUUUAAUCUAAUCUGUUUACUUGUAAAGCCUAGUUUAUCGUGCUAAAACAAAUGACAGAUUUUUUUAAUGUGUUUAAUAUUUGACGUAUUCUCUGGCUGUGUUUGAUAAUCAAAGAUCACUGUCACACCAGGUGACGAGCUGUCGGGUUACAGACUGCAGGGCUCACUGUAGAGUGCAGAUCAGGCUGCAGAGCUGACAGUGUUGCAGGUGAAGUUGUUGCUUUUUUGGUUGAUGCCUCUCUGUGACCAGAGGCGUUUGCCAGGUAAACAUCUCAUCCUUGUGCUGUUGUGCACUGUGUGAAACAUAAGCCUUGAAACCCCCGAAAUUACUGCAUUUAUAUAUACAUAUAUAUAUUUUUAUGAAUACACUUCAUAUUUUAUAUUUUGUUUAUAAACAGUAACUCUAUGCUACAGAUUUUUAUACUCAACGUGUGUGAUAAAUAAAUAAUUCUGA